AUGGAGAAAACUGUGAAUCAAGAAGAAGAAUUAGAAAAACAAUAUCGAGACUAUAAAGCACAGUUCGAACAAUGGAAAGAGCGGAAUCGUAGCUCAGUUGGAACAGCGCCUUAUAAUGCUUAUGUAAAAGAUUUUGAAGAUUGGGAGAAAGAUGUGGAAAGAAGAAGAAACACGAUAAAAAUACGAGCUGCAGAAGAAGCCGAAAGGCGAAAAGAAGCUAUUCGUGAAGCACAAAGUCAAGUACAAGAAGCUGAAGCAGCAGCAGCAUAUGCACAAUCACAGCAAGCAUAUUUAGCACAUCAUCAAAAGGCUAUGGAACAAGCUGAAAUGCAGCAAAGAGCACAAGCUCAUCAUCAAUUUAUGCAGCAACAACAUCAGCAGCAGCAGCAACAACAACAACAUGGUUAGUUUUUUAGAAUGAUAAUUUACGGUAAAGAUAACAACUUCCAUAUUCGAAAACUAUACUCCCCUUUUUUUUCAGUAAUAUCAGAUAAUUCCGUAAAUGCUGAUGUAGUUAUUCGAGAAGUAAUGAAUGUUGUAAUGGCUGGAACAGCUUCAGCUGUUGGAUCAGCAAUUAAUCAACAACCACCACCACAACAAGGUGCAGUUGCAACAGGACCUCCACCAAGUUUAUGGGGAAAUGUUAAAAGUGUUUACGAUCAAAGAGAUCCACUUUUCAUCAAAUGGGGAAAACGUGCAGCACCUUGUCAUAUAAAACCAGACCAUAAUGCGCCUAUUGUAAGUUUUAUCUGAUUUAAAACUUUGUUUAUUAUUUUUCUGUUAUUUUUGAAGGUUCCUCUACCGUAUUGGAUUCUGUCGGAAGCUUUGAAAGAAAAGAAAAUGGUUUUAGCACCACAUGGACCUCCCCCGGUUUUCAAUCCAACUCAACCAGCUCCUCCUCCACAGUCUCACAUUUUUUAA